GCAGUAGUGAAACCAGACGACUAUCGUAUCGACAUUCUCCAUUCUACCAUAGACAACAAAGAAAACGAAUGAAAUGAUACGACUGAGCUAUCCGAUUCAUGCUCUUCUAGUCUCCCGGUGGCCUCUCAAUCGUCUCAACGUGAUCUUCGACCGCGAUCGAGCUGCGAUUCGUUACCCCUUUUUCCGACUCGUUUCACAAGCCACCAGUUUGUGGUAUAUUGAGCAUGGGAUGACGGCUGUUUGACAGCUGCGGAGCCUCAAUGUGAAUCCAUGGUCGGUAGUUUAUCCACCGUUGUCGUUG